AUGGCAGCAGUACGGCCAGAUGAGAAUCAAGGGCCUACUAUCCUAGGGACUACUUUGUCGGUUUUCAUCCUGGCAGUGAUGACCACGAUAGCGAGACUCUAUGUUCGCAUUCGGAUGAUCCGCAAUGUGGGGUGGGAUGACUAUACUAUGAUUUUGUCAAUGGUCUUGUGUAUUGCGGGCCAAUGCGUAAUCAUACCGCAGGUCUACUAUGGCGCAGGACGACACAUCGAGUACAUCGACCCCAAAGACUUUUCACAAGCAAUGAAGUUGAACUUUAUAUCGCAACCGAUAUAUCUAUUCGCCAUCUGUUUUGUCAAGAUCUCUGUGGGCUUCUUCCUUUUGAGGAUUGCAGUCAGACCCUUUUUCCGGCGUCUCAUCAUGGGAAUUAUGAUAUUCAUGGGCGUCUACACGUUUGGCUGCGUUCUAACUGUCUUCCUGCAAUGUAGCGAUGUUCGCAUGAUGUGGGAUCUAACAGUAAAAGGCACAUGCUGGACCGUAACGCAAAUCAAAAUCCUCGGAUACCUCAACACCGUCCUCAACAUGAUUACCGAUCUUGCCUUCUCCGUCGGCAUACCCAUCCCGAUGCUCUGGGGCGUGCAAAUGAACCGCCGCCACAAAGCCUCCCUAAUCUGCAUCCUGGGCCUCGGCCUCUUCGCCACAGCCGCCUCAAUGAUCAAGCUCUCCUACAUCGGCAACUACGGGCGCGCGGGGGACCUAAUGUGGGAUUCACGCAACCUGACCAUCUGGACCGUCCAAGAAUGCAACGUGGGCAUGGUUGCCGGCAACCUGCCCUGUCUCAAACCGCUCUUCCGCUCCAUCCUCGUCUCCACGUACGGCAAAGGCUCACGCAAGACCAGCCAGCCAAAGUACCUCUCAGACGCGUACGCAGCAGGCACAAAGGAGCGCUCCACGAACAAAAGCUACGGCCCACUCGGCUCACCCAAGCUGCACGAUCGCGGCUUUUUCGACGCACCAGACGCCCCCGUCGCCCAUGAUGCCUUGGGGAAAUCGUACAUGCUCACCACCAUCGAUGCUACCCAUGCACACCAAACAACAAGAGAUGCUGCCGCCGCCCCGUCUGUCAGUUCCUCCGGUAGAAGCUCGCCCGCCGCUGUCGCGGGCGAUGCGCGAAGUAGCACUGAGAGCUUUGCGAGACUGCAUCGCCAUCAAUCUAUCCAUGGCCGCGGCGUCGCCGCCGGCCCGCAGGAGUUGGGCAAUAUUACAGUGACGACAGAGGUCAAUGUGAGUGAAUCUGUGCAGUCGCCGUUGAAGGAUCCAAAGGUUGCGCAGUUGAAGGCAAAGGAUAUGGUGUAA